CCUACACCAUAAGGAUUGUACAGCAAGUGUGCUGACAGAGUCAGAUCCUCCACAGCCUACAUGAAAUCUUCACAUACCGGUUGUUAUCGAGAUAAUCGCGAAUAAAGAUAUAAUCGGACCGCUUACUCAUUUUCACGUAUGUUCCCUGACAAUCGAGAUAGCGCCCUUACAGAAAGCACAUUCUCAGCUGUCUGUAGAACCCCCCCUUUCUCACCAACCCACUAGGCAUCGGAGCGGCGCCUCCCAAUCAUGCUUAAUCUUAGACUACAGCACCAACAUCGAGCCCGAUAUUGAUUCAUUAGUUCUCUUCGAUUCCUUGGGUGGGCUUCGUCCACACAAAAAGCCGUAAGACUAUCAAACAUCAACUAGGCACUGCUGCCCUGCUCGUCGCAAUGGAGAUUCCCCACCCUGACGAGCUCACAGAGACGUUCGUCAGCAUUUCCAUCGCGCUAGGCAUCUUGACCUUCGUGGCCAUUGUUGCUGUAGCCCUUCGUCUGAUACACGGGAAGCGGACGAUGGCUCUCUGGUGGGAUGACUGGACAAUUGUAGGCGCUUCUUGUCUUUGCUGUCGGAGUCUUCAUCAAUACUGCCGUCGCUACAUCACCUCAAUAUGGAGUGUCUGGGUAUCACGUUGUGCAAUACACCGUUCCGCAGUUGAACAACUGGUUCAUAAACUUCAGGAUGAGGUAGAAAAGGCCCCUGGGGAUGGUUUCUUCUUCAUGGAGAUCGGAAAAUAUCUGCCUGCCAUUCUGCGUGGCGAGACAGACCCGCUGAGCUUGAUCUUCCGAGAUGGACUGGUAGAUCGAUACUACGAAGCAAUGCUCGAUAAUGAUCACCACGCGUAUCCAGCCGCACAAAUCAUCGACCUUCUCUCCUUUAAAAAUCCCUCGAUGAGGAUCAUCGAGAUCGGCGCAGGGACGGGAGGGCAAACGGCAAGAUAUUGGAGACCGUGGCCAAGGACGGGGUACAGAAGUGGGAACAGUACGAUUAUACUGAUAUCUCACCCGCAUCCUUCACUGCUGCCAAAGAGAGCUUAAGAAACUUGGUUAGAAAAGCGCAAGAAAGCCGAAGCGGAACCCUGUUCGUCAACAAUGGCGCACUAGGAAAAUUUCCAAAGAACAAUGCCUGGAGACUGUUAGCAAUGGUGACAGCAGCAUCUAUGUAAUACCGGAUACAGGGAACACUAAUCAGAGAGGCCAAGCUUCCUACAGACGAGAGCCUGUCAAUCGUGAUACGCUGAAUAUGCACCGCCUUCAUCUUGUUCUUGCCCAGGCAAUCCUUAACAAAAGAAGCGACGAAAGCAAUUGCACGCUCUGCAGCGCCUAGAACCGCUGACCAUGGCGCUCGCCAGACAUAUGCGAGGCCUUGCUGACACACACACACACACACACACACAAAAAAAAAAAAAAAAACGGGCCACCGGCCGACAUGCUGCGGAAGGCGGUAAUUACGUGUGUGGUGCCGACAGCACUAUACAGCAACGAGGCGUGGUACGGAGGCGGCGGAAGCCGGCACGGAACGCGCCACAGGGGAAAAAGGAGACGGUUAGCGCUAGAGUCGGCUACCACGUGGAAAAGAUACACAAGGCUAUGAAAGUGGCAGCCAGGUCGGUUAAAUAAGCAAUGCUUUCUGCACCGGCAACAAAAAGAUCGGGUUAAUAUAAUAUCCC